AAACGUUUGCCACACAAUUAUUCAUUUCAUGUAUAUACAUUGUAUAUAUAUUCUCAAAGACAAUUGAAAUCGGCAAAAGUUUGGUGGUUUUUUUUUUUUAUAAACGCCGAGAGACCCUUAUCGAAUAGACGUUAAUUGGCUGGCCAACUGAUCGGUUGCACAACACAUCAAACUAAGGAACUGAGGAGCGGGAACAGGAGCAGGAACAGGAGCAGAACAGAAGCCACAUCAAGAUGGCUGGAGUUAGUGUUGGAUUUGCAAAAUGCUUUAUACUAUUCAUGGCAGUUGUUAUAUUCGCCCAAGGUGCUGUCUAUUUAGGCCUGGCCAUAUGGGGCAUUACUCUGCAUGAGUGCUCAACAGAACCAACGGAAAUAGCCAAGGAGCCGUUUAAGUUUGCGAUGGAUUUGAUUUACUUUUCGGAUAAGUCAUGUGGUGAUCCGAUAGUGUCGCUUGAGGGUCAAUCUGCUACCCUCAGCAUGGACUGGGAAAAAUCGGAUAAAAUAACGCAUCGUGAAUUUAUAUUCUUCGUAACCUAUGCUGUGAUCAGUGGUUUAUGGCUGGUCACAUCAUUGCUAAUAAUAACCACAUUGUGCAAUGCUACAACUAAAGUCAUUUCGGGAGUUAUCUACUGGCCCUGGUUCUUGUCAGUGAUCGCUGGCAGCAUCGUGGAUGUGGUGGCGACUGUAUAUCAUGGUCUGGACCUAAGUCACACAUUGACCUAUCAAGAAGCCUUUGAAUACAUAGGAGCUACACUUAGCACACCGGAAUUGGGAACUUUUCUGGAACCCUUUGGUGUCUAUUUCUCCACGCCGGCUAUUCUGAUGAUCUGCCUUAGUUGUCGAGUGGUCUUGAUUUGGUUGCUCAAUGUUUUUGGCAGCGCCUUCUGUUUGUCAUUGUCGACUAUUCUGGCCAAACAAACGGCAGAGAAAUCUGCAGCUAAUAAGACCGCUCCUACCUCUAGUCAGGCACCCACUCGCCAGCCAACGCCGCAACCCCAGCCCCAGCCCCAGCCGUUGACACCGCAGCCACAACCCGUUGUCCAAGCUGUUGUUGUACCUGAGCCCGUACUGCUGGAAUAUCCUGAACAGAUACGUCCUAAGCCGUUGCCUAUCAUUAUACCAGCCGAGCAAUUCCCGCGUCAGGAUCGUACCACUUUGCAAUCGCCAGUAAUGGUAUUGCCGCCACCCCAACAGCAGCAGGCAGAUAUCAACACUUAUCGGCACACUGAAGCCCAUCCGGAUCGUCUCAACUAUCCACCAUCAGAGCCACCAACGCCCCGUGCCCCAUCUCCCGCCGUGCAGCAAUUGGCGGUCACUUCGCCUUUGAAUAAUCGCUAUAGCGAAAUCUAUCCAACAGCACCACCAGCCAAUCCUAGGGUUAGCGAAGAGCUGCGCAAUCAGAUGCCUUGGUCAUACACUAGCAUGACAGCCAAACCGCCGCCGCCACCACGUAAACCUCAGCUGCAAGUACAGAUCUAUCCACAAAUCCCCGAACCAGACUAUGCUGAGCAUUAGCCGGUUCAGGUGUUUGUAUACAUAUACUUAUACGAAAUAUAGAGAUGGAGAUGUUGUGUUAUUGUUAACUUUAUUUCAUAGUAAAGCUAAAGCGUAUGGCCAA